UUAUAAAUUUAUUUUGGCCAAAGAGCUGAUGUUUCAUAAUCCUAUCUUUCAGCUGCGUAAAAGACAAAGAUCCGCUCUUUCCUCUCCUUUCAUUUGUGGCUGUUGAAAAAGAACCAUCCCCUCUUCGCCUAAAUAGGAAAAAAUCGGGGCCGUUUAUUUGGGUUAUAAAAGCAAAUCCAAAGCCUAGGGUUAGAAUUUAAGCUUAACCUUACGCCGUUCAUCCAGAUGACCAAAAAACAAAAAUAGUUACGUAGUUAAUAGAUACUAGUAUAACAGGAACGGAACGUGUUUGUCUUUAAUUCCGUUUUUCUACUUUUUUUUUUUUAUUUGUUGAAGCCGCCUUUCUCCUCUUACAUAAACCAAGUUCCUUGCUUGCUAAUUGCUAUAAUCUGGCUGUUGAGAGGCAGGUGUCUCUUAUGCUUGUUAGGGAUUUGGUUUUCCUAGUUGGAAAAGAUUCUUUUUCACUCUGGCCGCUGCAACGAAAGUAAACUUUUCUCGCACCUCAAAGUGGGUGUGGGGGGACAACGAAGGGGUGAUUCUGCUUGGUGUUUUAAGGAGAUCGAGAUCAUCACAUAUCUGGAGGCUGCGGCGUGUUUCGGAGGGUCUUUCGCUUGAUUAUGGCUAAUGUCAGUGUUUGCUAAGUUCCCAGAAGUUAGAUUGUAGUUUGUCAUUUUCUUAUGGUUGAAGAAUUAGGUGUUUUUCUCAGGAUUUUGAUCCUAAAUGAUUAGAGUAGUUUGGUGCUCAUAGCUUUUUAUGUAGCACGAUAGUGUGUCUUGUGUGGAUCUAACACUAGUCUGUAUCACAACAAUGGUUAGAUUUUCAUGCUUCCAUGCUCACACUGGAGGCCAGAAACCAAAGAAAACUGUUCAGCCAUCUGUUGAGGCAAUACAUAAGACUUUAGAAGAUUUUUCUCAAGUUCAAGCCCAUAAGGAUUCGAAUAAAGAUACAGGCAUGGACUCAUUCUUGCGGGGGGCAAAAACAAUUGCUGAGAUUCACGACAGUGUCAAACCUGUUACGGGUUCUCCUUCUGUUUACCAUAGCUGGAAAUCGGAAGAAAUAAAAGACCAAAUUGAUCUUCAUACCAAUUCCAGGGUUCUUCAGAAUCAGCACUAUCUUAAGAAGAGUCUGUCCCUUGGAAGCAAACUGUACCUGGAAGGAAGGGUUCCUGGACAAUGUGAUAUGGAUGAUGAGACUGAUCAAGGAUUUUCUUCUGAUUCCAUUGACCAUGGGUUGGUUGAAGCAGAUGGCAGCCAAAAUACAGUAGUGAGCCAAAAUGCUGCACGCUCAGAAUCUGUUCUUGUUAGCUCUAACCAUGUCAAUGAUGAACUGACUUUCUCUAUAGGAGAUCCUCAGCAUUCAGAAAAGGACGGCCAUGAUAAUUCUGAUAUACCUUUGUCCGGUGAGGGUGCCAAUGGCUCUGGUGACUUUACGCCUAAUAAUGCGCCUGUGAUUGUGAAAUCAUGUUCUAUGCCAAACAUUGUUGCAUCCAUAAUCAAUUCUGGAGGACAUUCUCCUUUUAGAUAUUUGACACGGCAUUCAAGAUCUUCUGAGGAUAUACUUGUUCUCGAUAUGAGACAAAACAGUUUUUCAAUUCAUGAGGUUGAUACAGAGGUGAUGCGAGAACAAGAAAGAGACGAAGGCAUACAUAAAAAUCAGAAAACUAACUUUGAAAGUUCUUACACUGAGGGAUUUGAUUCUUAUAGUUAUUCUGGAUCAGCGAAAGACUGGAUAAUGCCAGUUUCAGAUAAGGUAAACUCAGUGAAAAUCCUACAAGAAAAAUUGCCAGUUCUGAAUUGGAAUGAAAUGACUGGCAAGCAUUUUAAGAUUAAGCGAAUUGAGGAAUGGGUUAAUGAUCUUCAACACUGUAGCCCAUUGGAAGAAACAUUUGAAUUAUCCCAUCCCAGUGAUCAUGUGAAGGCUGAACCUGCUGUCUCAAAUGGUUUGACUGCUGCAAAGGUGGAUGUUAAGGUAACUCCUGGCAUGGAAGCUGCAAAAAGAUAUAUAUCUUCUUUGAGUGCCUCAGCAACCACAGCUCAGCUGGCAAAUCAUGGUUUGGUUGUUAUACCAACACUCAGUGCAUUUGUUAGCUUGAAGAUGCUUAAUCUAUCAGGAAAUGCAAUAGCAAGGAUUACUUCUGGUGCUCUUCCUCGAGGACUUCACAUGUUGAAUCUGUCAAAAAAUAAUAUAUCCACUAUUGAGGGUUUACGUGAACUUACUCGACUUCGUGUGCUGGACCUGAGCUACAACCGGAUAUUUAGAAUUGGUCAUGGUUUGGCUUCUUGUUCCUCUCUUAAAGAGUUGUAUUUGGCUGGAAACAAGAUUAGUGAGGUGGAGGGUCUUCAUCGCCUUUUAAAAUUGACCGUGUUGGAUCUGCGUUUCAACAAAAUCUCCACUGCCAAAUGUCUCGGCCAACUUGCAGCAAACUAUAAUUCCUUGCAAGCCAUCAGCUUGGAAGGUAACCCUGCACAGAAGAAUGUUGGAGAUGAACAUCUGAAGAAACAUUUGCUAGGCCUUCUUCCACAUUUGGCUUACUUUAAUCGGCAGGCUAUCAAAGUCAGCACAUUGAAGGACGCUGCAGAACGUUCAGUUCGGCUUGGCAUCAGUGCACAUCAAUUUGACCGUGGCCUAAGAUCAGAACACAAAGCUACAAGGAAGAUUAACCAUGGUGCUGCUACUCAAUGGCCAUCCUCUUCAUCAACUCACGGUCAUAAAAGUCAAGCCGCGGUGUCCUCAAAACUGUCCAAAGGCAGGCAUGGGCCCCUGCCUCCUAGUGGGAUCAAAGCAACAACCAAUCAUCGAAAUCAUUAUUUUGAUCUUGGUAGCAAACUUCUGAACUUCAAAUCGGAGCUUUCCAUGCGGAGGAGCCGAAGUGAGGGAACUAUGGGACCCGUUUGAAAUCAGUGCCUUGAUUAAUGCAGUCUGGUUGUUAUACUACUGAGUUUCAGGUUAUGUUGCUUGUCAUUACUUCAAUAAAUUGUCAGUCGAGAUAUUCGGUGUGACCAGUCAUUUUCACAGUUGAUUUGCAAAAAUGGGACUUCUCAUGAUUCUGCCGUUUCUAAGUUUCUUGUUUUCGUGUAAUAAAAUGUGAGCGAAAGACAGGGUUAUGUUGCAUCCUUGAUUAUAUCGUUGUGAAUGCCAU